ACUCCCCUCCAUCUCCUUUCCACCUUCUCACCACUUCCUUCAUCUCUAUUCUAUAUUUCUGUUCUAUAUAUACACAUUGUACUAGACUAGAUUGCUAGAAUUAAAACAUUAUAGAAAGAACAAAAUUAAAACCAAUAAACAUGGCAUCUGAAUUAACAUACAGACGCCACGAAGAAACAGUAGAAGAAGCUCAAAAAAGUUCCUACUCUCCAAAAUCCAACAAACCAUUACUCCCAAUAACCAUGCCUUACGUUGUUAGCUACAUUUUUCGCGAGCAACGUCUUAUAUUCGUUGUCAUCGGCAUCGCCAUCGCCACCAUCAUAUUCGCACUACUUCCAUCCACACCCCACAACACCAAUAUUAUUACUCCAUACACCGCCCACCAUUCAUCCGAAUCAAUCCAAAUAACUCGAUCCGUUUAUCCGACUGGGUUCGAAUCAUCGUUUAAUCUAGGAGGAAAAAUUCCGCUAGGAUUGAAACGAAAAGGGCUAAGGAUUGUGGUUACGGGUGGGGCUGGUUUUGUUGGGAGCCAUCUUGUGGACAGAUUGAUGGCUAGAGGAGAUAGUGUGAUUGUAGUUGAUAAUUUCUUUACUGGGAAUAAAGAUAAUGUGAUGCAUCAUUUUGGUAAUCCGAGAUUCGAGCUGAUUCGACACGACGUCGUUGAGCCUUUGUUACUUGAAGUUGAUCAGAUUUAUCAUCUAGCUUGCCCUGCUUCCCCUGUUCAUUACAAGUUUAACCCCGUCAAAACCAUUAAGACGAAUGUGGUAGGGACAUUGAACAUGUUAGGAUUGGCAAAAAGAGUUGGUGCGAGGUUCUUGCUAACGAGUACUAGUGAGGUGUAUGGUGAUCCGUUGCAACAUCCCCAAGUCGAGACCUAUUGGGGAAAUGUCAAUCCUAUUGGUGUAAGAAGCUGCUACGAUGAAGGAAAGCGAACGGCAGAAACGUUGACCAUGGACUACCAUAGAGGUGCUGGAGUCGAGGUGAGGAUUGCGAGGAUAUUCAAUACAUAUGGUCCUAGGAUGUGUAUUGACGAUGGUCGUGUCGUUAGUAACUUUGUUGCCCAGGCACUUAGAAAGGAGCCACUUACUGUUUAUGGUGAUGGCAAGCAAACAAGGAGUUUCCAAUAUGUUUCUGACUUGGUGGAAGGUCUAAUGCGAUUGAUGGAAGGCGAACAUGUUGGGCCUUUCAAUCUUGGAAACCCUGGUGAAUUCACCAUGCUUGAACUUGCCCAGGUCGUGCAAGAGACGAUAGACCCUAACGCAAAAAUAGAGUUCAGGGAAAACACAGAAGACGACCCACACAAAAGGAAGCCGGAUAUCACCAAGGCUAAAGAACUUUUAGGAUGGAAGCCCAAGGUGUCUCUUCGCAAAGGACUGCCCAUGAUGGUUUCUGACUUCAGGCAGCGUAUUUUUGGUGAUCAAAAGGACAGUGCCACCAAAACCACUGCAUAGUCAGCGGGCUUUGUAUACAGUAAAGAAAGCAGCUACAUUUUGAAUCAGUUCUCGCCGGUUGUUUAGGGUUGAACCUGUUAUAUUUACGUUUGAUUUAUUAAUCUUUUGGAUUGUGGAUAGGGAACGAGUCUGAUUUUACUUGUACCGAGAUUAGUUGUAAGCAGAAUCCCAAAUUUUACUUUUUGAGUGCAGGUGCACCACAACGGCACCAAUAUGAUAGAUUAUGUGGGAGCCCUUGUAUGCUAUUUGACGAGUUUCUAGAGAUAUCUUGGUUACCCUUUUAUCUAAAUCAAUGUUUAAUACUAUAUCAUGUCUCA